AUGCUCAGGGAGUUCCUGGAGUGGGGCGUGGAGGCAUCUCCCGGGAAGGCCUGGAAGCAAAAGAGACUCCUAGUUGGAGGAGCUGCUGGAAGCCGCCGGGGAGCCACUGGUGGGGACCUUUCUAGGGUCCUUUUCCAUCCGUGGGGUGCUAUGGAGUUCCCAGAACACAGCCAGCAGCUGCUGCAGAGCCUCCGAGAGCAGCGGUCCCAGGGUUUCCUUUGUGACUGCACCGUAAUGGUGGGUAGCACCCAUUUCUUGGCCCAUCGGGCUGUGCUGGCCUCCUGCAGCCCAUUCUUCCAGCUUUUCUACAAGGAGCGGGAACUGGACAAGAGGGAUCUGGUGUGCAUCCACAAUGAGAUUGUCACAGCCCCAGCCUUUGGGCUGCUUCUGGAUUUUAUGUAUGCUGGCCAGCUGGCCCUGAGGGGGGAUACCCCCGUGGAGGAUGUGCUGGCAGCUGCCAGCUACUUGCACAUGAAUGACAUCGUUAAAGUGUGUAAGCGGCGGCUGCAAGCCCGGGCCCUGGCAGAGGCAGACAGUACCAAGAAGGAGGAGGAAACCAACUCACAGCCCCCUAGUUUGGAGUUUUUGUCCAACCCCUCCCGCGGCCCCCAGCCUUCACUGGCAUCUGCUGAGACAUCAGGCCACUGGGGCAAAGGGGAAUGGAAGGGCCCUGCAGCUCCCUCACCAACUGUCUGUCCUCCAGAUGAGCCACCAGUGUCCGGUGGGGCAGACACGACACAGCCUGGCGUGGAGGUUGACCUGCCACAUCUACGCCCCCCCCCUCCACCAGUGGCUGAUGUCUCCCUUGCCAGCCCUAGUAGCUCCACAGAGACCAUUCCUGCAAACUACUUCUCUUCUGGCCUUCCAGCAGUUUCAGUGGAGCCGCUGGCUCCCCUUGAUGUGGGUACCGAGAGUCUGAGGAUGGUGGAACCAAGGGGUGCUGGAGCGCCAUUGCAAGGCUUCUAUCCUCCAGCUCCAGCCCCAACCCCAGCCCCAGCUCCAUCCCAGGCUCCAGCACCAGCCGAAGCUGAGCUGGUCCAGGUGAAAGUGGAAGCUAUUGUGAUUUCGGAUGAGGAGCCUGACGUGUCAGAGGAAACGCCUCAGGGUCCUGAGGGGUUCUUCCCUCCUGGAGGAGCCAUGUUUGGCGCACAGCCCCCUCAGCCAGAGACUUUUGAGGAGCCCAGGGCAGGACUGGAGGAGGUGGGACCAAGUGACCACUUCCUGCCCCCAGAUCCUCAUCUGCCCUACCAUUUGCUGCCAGGUCCAGGGCAGUAUCACCGAGGACUGGUGACCUCACCCCUGCCCGCCCCCCCGGCCCUGCAUGAGCCACUUUACCUGCCUUCUGAGUAUGAAGCAACCCCGGGAAGUUUUGGAGUUUUCACGGAGGAUGUGCCCACUUGCAAGACAUGUGGGAAGACCUUCUCUUGUUCUUACACACUCCGGCGCCACGCCACCGUGCACACACGCGAGCGACCCUAUGAGUGCCGCUACUGCCUGCGCAGCUACACACAGUCAGGGGACCUAUACCGCCACAUCCGCAAGGCUCACAAUGAGGACCUGGCCAAACGCAGCAAACCGGAUCCAGAGGCUGGCCCCCUUCUGGGGGUGCAGCCCCUGCAUGGCUCCCCCACAGCAGACAGACAGGACGGCGGUGGUGGAGGGCCACCCAAAGAUUUUGUACUUGGCCCCAAAAACUGA